AUGAACUAGGAGGAAACUUUGAACAUAAAUUAAAUUAAAUUCAAUUAGCUUCUUUUGGAUGCUCACAAUCAGUUCUAAUUAAGAGACAUGAAUUAAGCAAUACGAUUAUAUGAAGAAGCUCUAAAUUGUCAAGAAGCAGGGAGAGGUAAUAUCAAAGAUCAAUUAUUAGACAUUGAUAGAAUGGCUAUAAUCUUGGCUAAUUUAGGGAUAAUCUAUUUUCAUAAUUGCGAUUAUAAAUAAGCAACAGAAAAGCUACUUUAAGCAUUUAAUAUGACAGACAGAAAAAAUGAUUUCAAAUGCGCAUUAUUAAUUAAAAUUUUAGUAACAUAGUUUUGAAAUCAAUUAUAGGGAAAUUUAGCUAUUAUUAAAUUGAUAACAACUGAAUUUUAAGAAUGCAAAGAUUAUAAUGAUUAGGCAAUUCAAUUAAUAAUAUAGGCGUAAAUUUUUUUCUUAGUUUAGUUAAUUUCCAUUGUAAUAUCAGCUAUUUAAGGAGCUAAUGUAUAUCUAUUAUAGGUUUUAAUCAUUUGAAGCUAUGGGAGAUGGCAAUUUUGAAAAUUUGGAAUAAAAGUGUACUGAAAUACAUAUUAUACUAUAGAUGAUGGGUAGAGUUUGGCUUGUUUCUACUCUUCUAUGGGAUUGAACCGAGAACUCUGUGGAGAUAUGACCCUUGCCUUUAGGUAUCAUCAAAAGGCUUUGAAAUUAUGGUAGGAAUAGAAAGAAAAUGGGUUUACUGUUAUUACAUUGAGAAGAAUGUUGACAAUAGCUUAAAAUGAAAGAAUGGAUUGUAAGGAUUACGUAUAAUAAUUGCAAAAAUGUAUGCAAUCUCCAGAAUUAAGAGGAAUAAGUCCAGAAAUAUUAUUUAAAGAUUGUGAGAAAAAAUUAUAAUGUGCUCGAGAAGUAAAUAUUAAAAUGACUAUAGAUAACAACAUCAUUGUAAAAAUUAGAACAGCAACUGAAUUAUCAAAAGAAUUAGUAAUUAUUAUCAUAACCAUUAACGGUUAAAUAGCAAGAUGAAUUUUGGAAACUAGCUUUAAAAUUAAGACUCAAACGAGCAAUACAAUUUUGUUAUAAUUAAAUGACCUAAUAAGACGCAGAGAAUGCCUCUCUAUUAUCCUAAUCAAUUGCAUAACUUGAACAUUCGUUGAAAUUAUUGGAUCAACAAUAACCAUAUGAAAACUAUUUAUAAAAUUUACCAUUUACAAAGGAAUCAGUUAAUAUUAUAAAAUCUCACUUGAUGAAAUUCAAUAGAAUUUGCUUAAGAAUAUAACUAGAACCCUUCUUAAAUUAUCUCUAUUAAUUAAAGCAAGAAGAAUAUUAAGACCAAUAAAAUUAUCAAUAACCAUAGUUCAAAUAAAAGCUUCAAUCUAAUUAAAUGUAUAACUAGCAAGUUAAGAAUUCUAAUACUUUAGCUUAAUAAAAGUAAUUUGACUAAACGAAUUCUUAACACAAUUCAUUGUAAAGUUAAGUUAAUUAUGAUUAUCAAAAUUAACAGGAUUUUUAAUCAUAUCACUCAACGAAUGAUUAAUAAAAUUAUAUGGUUAGAGGCUAAAAUCCAACUUCAUAUUAAAAUAAUCAGUUUUAACAAUUUAAUAACCCUUUGUCGAGUAAUUUCUCUCAAAAGAAUAAAAUUGAACAGAAUGACUUUCAAUAGCAAAAGUAGCAGACUUAGCCUACAUAUGAAUAGUAACCAUUCAAGAAUAGUGGUCAAUUUGGAUCAUAAACUAUGGGUUUUGCUGGAAAUAAUCAAUAAAAAACAUCGAAUUAAUAGUAAUUAUCAUCAUCAUAGUAAUAAUAAUAAUAAGCAAAUCUAAAACUUUCAAAAUCUUAAUUGAAUUAACCAUAAGUCAAAUAAGGUUAAAUGAUGGCUGCUUCUAUUACAAAAUCAUAAAAAUUAAAAAAUGUAAGUCUUCUUAAUGCUGCCUAUAGAACCGUCAUGUUGGGCGAUUAAUUAACUAAAUGUAAUAAGUCUUCCAAUGGAAGAAUAGAAAGAUUUUUUAUUUUAGCUAAUGAUGGUACCUUUAGAUGGGCUUAGAAUAGCAAACAUAUAAAUGACCCAAAAUCAGUGAAUUCCUAUUCAGUUUCAGAUAUUAGAGGAUUACUUUAUGGGAAAGCAACAGAUGUUCUUAGAAAGUCUUAUAAUGAUAAAUUAGAACCUUGGCUCUGCUUUUCUUUGGUGAUGAAAACUAGGUCAAUGGAUUUUUACACUUAGGAAUUACAAGUAAGUAUUUUGAUUUGAUUCCAGAUAAAUGCUUGGGUUAUGGCUAUGUCAGAAGAGAUAAAAAGAAGGAAUCCUUCAGCAUUUGUGAUUACUCCAGGGAAGAUGUUAUGGAGAAAAAUAAAAUUAAUAUUGCAUUGGUAUUUCGUGGAUAAGAAAAAAAAGGACAAGAAAAAGAAAUUACCUCCUAGUACUUUUGUACAUUUAUUGUAUUUAUACGCAAGAAAUCAAUGCAGAUUACCUUAAAUAUAAUGA